CUUCCCGGCUGUGACUAAACGGUUCCUGCGGAUCCUGGGGCCAACCCUGCAUCAUCUUCUCUUGUUGGAAUUCGGUAUCCAUCCUGAGAAGUGCUUAGACCUACUGGUCAUAUACAGUGCGCAGGAGAAGAGAAAAAGAAGCUCAGACACCGAGUUCUAAGCCCCACCUUGGAUAAAGACGCGGGGGUAUUGCCUACAUUUAAGUUCUGUUGGUUCAAGAUGGCGUUGCCAAAGAGAAUUAUCAAGGAGACCGAGCGCCUUAUGGCGGAACCAGUCCCGGGUAUCAAUGCCGUACCUCAUGAGGAAAACUUGCGUUACUUCGAUGUCUCGAUCCAUGGACCGGCGCAAUCUCCAUAUGAAGGUGGUAUCUUCCGUCUUGAACUGUUCUUGCCCGAAGAUUAUCCCAUGACUCCUCCCAAGAUUCGAUUCUUGACCAAGAUCUACCACCCCAACAUCGACCGUCUUGGACGUAUCUGCUUGGAUGUCUUGAAGAAUAACUGGUCCCCUGCCCUCCAAAUCCGUACGAUCCUGCUCUCCAUUCAAGCCCUGCUUGGAGCCCCAAACCCAGAUGAUCCGCUUGCAAAUGAUGUCGCUCAGCGCUGGAAGGAGGACGAGCCCGCCGCGAUACAAACUGCUAGGGAAUGGACCAGAACACAUGCCAUGACUUAGAUUAUUGAGACGUGACUCAAUAAAAUUCCACUAUGACGCAAUAUGAACCAAUACGUUGUGAUGUGACCAUGACAAGAAAAGUUAUCCUGCGAACCUAAGACUUGCAGGCAGUUGUCUUUUGGAUCAGCCCCAAGCCAUGCGAGAGAUCUUAUAUCAUUGCCAUUCAAGAGAGAUCGAUGACUCCAACCUUAGCUCAUGUCCAGUUUGUGCUCCUUUUCGACGAAGCCGUUGUUGUUUCAAGGCGCGCGAUUAUUCUUGAUGUUUGCUAUUGUCAUCAGAUCAGAGCUGCAGUUUGAUAGAAUCAUUUACUUCUCUAGCGCUCUACAUUACAAUUAUCUUUUCUUAACAGUUACUUUAUAGAAUCAGGUAUUGCUUGAAAUAAAACUAUCAAUUUUGGUUGUGGG